AUGGUGGUGGCAAGUACAGACCCAAUUCGAAGUGCAAAAAUCCGGGCCAUUGACCUUCCCAUCGUUGACCUCCUGGCGGAAAGAACAGAGGUGUCAAAGUUUCUUGUAAAAGCUUGUGAAGAGUUCGGUUUCUUCAAGGUUAUCAAUCAUGGUGUCCCCAAGGAUAUUAUAACACAAAUGGAAGAUGAAUGUUUUGAGUUUUUUUCAAAGCCAGUCUCUGAAAAACAGCGAGCCGGGCCGCCUAAUCCGUAUGGUUAUGGCAGUAAGAACAUCGGCUUUAAUGGAGAUGUUGGAGAGGUUGAAUAUCUUCUUCUUGAUAUCAACCCUCUCUCCAUUUUUCAGGGAUCCAACACUAUCUCCAAUGACCCCUCAAAAUUCAGCAAUGCGCUGAGUGGUUAUGUAGAAGCAGUUAGGGGACUGGCAUGUGAAAUUUUGGAUCUGAUGGCAGAAGGGUUGUGGGUCCUAGACACCUCAGUGUUCAGCAGGUUCAUCAGGGACGUUGAUAGUGACUCACUCCUCAGGCUCAAUUACUAUGCACCUCUCAAGGAUAGGGACACGUCACCAUCCUCAUUCCAUCAUCUUCAACAUCAACAUCACCCUCUUCCUCCUCUUUGUUAUCAUCAUCAUCAUCCUCACAACAAUAAGAUUGGGUUUGGAGAGCAUUCUGACCCUCAGAUCUUGACCAUCUUGAGAUCCAACGAUGUGGGUGGCCUUCAAAUCUCCGUUGAUGAUGGAGAGUGGGUCCCUGUCUCUCCUGACCCUACUGCCUUCUGUGUAAAUGUGGGUGACGUGUUACAGGCCAUGACAAAUGGAAGGUUUCUUAGUGUGAGGCACAGAGCCAUGGUGAACUCAAACAAAUGUAGAAUGUCAAUGGCCUACUUCGGGGCUCCACCUCUCCAUGCGAGUAUUACAUGUCCGCCAGAGUUGAUCGCACCCACUAGGCCUCAACGUUACAGACCUUUCACUUGGGCUGAGUACAAGAAAGCUAUGUAUUCCCUCCGGCUUGGAGAUAGCCGCCUUAACCUGUUCAGGUUGCAUUCAGAUAAUGAAAGUAGAGAAUAGUACUGUGUACCAGUCAGCAAUCUUAAGAGUAAAAUCAUGAAAAAUCAAAGGCUAAUUUUGUGGUUCCAAAGGGAAAUUUUGCUUGUAAUCCAUUCCCACAGUUUUUGCUUGACUCCCGAUUAAGGUUUUAGCAGGG